CCUCGUCUCCCUCCCGCUCCCGAGAAAGCAAAGCCACCGCUUUACAGGGUGGCUGAAGGAGCGCUUGGCGUCGCGGGGAGGGAACCGCUCCCGCCCCAUUGGAGUCCCGGAGCGCGGCCGAUUCAGACUGGGGAGAAGACUCAGUGAAUACAGUGCUUACCACACAAUUGUGAGGACUCAAGUUUGGAUUCUCAGAACACACAUAAAAAAUCCAGGAGAUCAAGGUGGCCAGCCUGUAAUCCCAGUGCCUGGAGGCAGAGGCCGGAUCCUGGGGCAAGCUGGCUGGCUAAACGGGUUAUAAAAUGUUCUCCUGUGCCUGAGACCUACAGACUACAUGCUCUUCAGAACUAAUUAAUGGUUUUUCAUCUCUUGGAGUUGCAUGAGAAGCAUAAAUAUGGUGCCAAAACUCCUUUUCAUUCUCUGAUUGCUGUUGAUUUGGACAUACUUCUGUGUUGAAGAGAAGUUUACACACUGAGGCUGUUCAUUGUUCAUAGACGGGUGUAGAUCAUGGACCAUUCUAGUAGGGAAAAGGAUGAAAGACAACGGACAACUAAAACUAUGGCACAGAGGAGUACACACUGCUCCCGACCAUCUGGCACCUCAACAUCCUCUGGGGUUCUCAUGGUGGGACCCAACUUCAGGGUUGGCAAGAAGAUAGGGUGUGGGAACUUCGGAGAGCUCAGAUUAGGUAAAAAUCUCUACACCAAUGAAUAUGUAGCAAUCAAACUGGAACCAAUAAAAUCACGUGCGCCACAGCUUCAUUUAGAGUACAGGUUUUAUAAACAGCUUGGCAGUACUGGUGAAGGCCUCCCACAGGUGUAUUACUUUGGGCCAUGUGGGAAGUACAAUGCCAUGGUGCUGGAGCUCCUUGGCCCUAGCUUGGAGGACCUGUUUGACCUCUGUGACCGAACGUUUACUUUGAAGACUGUGUUAAUGAUAGCCAUCCAGUUGCUUUCUCGAAUGGAAUAUGUACACUCAAAGAAUCUCAUUUACCGAGAUGUCAAACCAGAGAACUUCUUGAUUGGCCGACAAGGCAAUAAGAAAGAACAUGUAAUACAUAUUAUAGACUUUGGACUGGCCAAGGAAUACAUUGAUCCUGAAACCAAAAAACACAUACCUUACAGGGAGCACAAAAGCUUAACUGGAACUGCAAGAUACAUGUCUAUCAACACGCAUCUUGGCAAAGAGCAAAGCCGAAGAGAUGAUUUGGAAGCCCUAGGCCAUAUGUUCAUGUAUUUCCUCCGUGGCAGCCUACCCUGGCAAGGACUCAAGGCUGAUACAUUAAAAGAGAGAUAUCAAAAAAUUGGUGAUACCAAAAGGAAUACUCCUAUUGAAGUGCUUUGUGAGAACUUUCCAGAGGAGAUGGCAACCUACCUUCGCUAUGUCAGGCGAUUAGACUUCUUUGAAAAACCUGAUUAUGAAUAUUUACGGACCCUUUUCACGGAUCUUUUUGAAAGGAAAGGCUACACCUUUGACUAUGCCUAUGAUUGGGUUGGAAGGCCUAUCCCUACUCCAGUAGGGUCAGUUCAUGUAGAUUCUGGCGCUUCUGCAAUAACACGAGAAAGUCACACACAUAGAGAUCGGCCAUCACAACAACAGCCUCUUCGAAACCAGACUGCAUCAUCAGAGCGUCGAGGAGAGUGGGAAAUCCAGCCCAGCCGGCAGACCAAUACCUCAUACCUGACGUCUCACUUGGCUGCAGACCGCCAUGGGGGAUCAGUGCAGGUGGUUAGCUCAACCAAUGGAGAGCUGAACGUUGAUGAUCCCACUGGAGCCCACUCCAAUGCACCAAUUACAGCUCAUGCCGAGGUGGAGGUAGUGGAGGAAGCUAAGUGCUGCUGUUUCUUUAAGAGGAAAAGGAAGAAGACUGCUCAGCGCCACAAGUGACCAGUGCCUCCCAGGAGUCCUCAGGCCCUGGGGACUCUGGCUCCAUUUGCACCUGAAGCUCCUGCCACUUCUCAUUGGAAGGGACUCCUCUGUGGGGGAGGGUGGAGAUCCAAACCAAAAAGAAGAAAACAGAUUCCCCCAGAAGGAGCCAGUGCAGGCAGCCAGGGCCCAGUGGGUCAGUGGCAGUCCCCUCCUAUCUGAUGCUCUGAGCUGGUCCCAGAGCUGCUGCUUCUCCACUGCUGCCUGUGGAGCUGCCUGGUUGACUCUCCUUCCCAUUGUUUACAGUGAAGGUGUCAUUCACAAAAACUCAAGGACUACUAUUCUCUUCCCUCCUCUUCCUUUACUCCUGGUUCUUGUCCCACCCUCAACCCUCUCCAGCAUAAAAACUACUAAGCUAAAGCUCUGUCUACAAAAGGGGCUCAAGAAGCUGGUAGUGUGGUCAAGAAGGUAGGAGGAAGAUGACAGCUUGGCCAGGAGAAGAACUUUCCCACUUCCCAAGUGUGUCUGACAGUAUGACUUCCUCUCCCUCUGUGCCUGGGUAGCCCCCAGCCCAACUGGCCACAGGGUUGGGGUCCCUUUUUUCCUCCCUCCUGUGAAGUUACACUGUAGGACACAAGCUGUGAGGAAUCUGCAGUCUACUGUCCCUAUGUGUUGGCGUUCUUAGCUUUUUUGACAAGUGAAUUCCUUUCUCCAGGCUGUAGCAGGACAUGCAGAUGGCUCUGAGCAAAGGAAAGAAAACUGACUUUAUUGCACUUUUAGUUUUGCAGUGGUUUUUUUUAAACAACAUGACAGAUGCAUAUUGUGUCUGGUUAUAUUGGGGGGAGGGUUCUUUUUUCUGUUUUGAAGGGGAUGGGCCAACCAAGCCAUUCAGAGAAAAUCAUGGGUCCAGAGGACAUUCUUGAUGGAGUUUGAUUUGCAGCACUCAGAAGAGAAGCCAAACUCUGUGUCAUCCUGAGUGAAUACUCAGGUUGGCAAGGAAGCAUACUUGAAUAUUCAUUCAUCUUCUCUGCUGCAGAAGAAAGUCCCUACCAGAACCUCUUGACCUAAUCAGCCUGUAGUUUGAAAGCCCUGCUCCUCGGCACAUGGGAUGAGCACCAAGCCAGACUAUGACCAGGAGGCACCUCAUCUCAGAGAGAAGUUGCUUAACAAAAAGCAAAAGAGGCAAAAUUUCUGUUUCUUCCACUGCCAGGGACUUCUAAAUAGCCAUGUGACUUUCUGUUGACUCCAGGUACAAAAUUAGUGACUAAACAGUUACCACCAUAUUGCCCAUAGUGGACAGAAAAGAGGGCAACGAAUCUGCCUUCCAACUGCCAGAGAAGCCUCAGGAUGCAACAUCAUAGGGCCAGGGGAAAAAAAACCCUAUGUCCUUUCUGUCCCAAUUCUGAGUUGUAGCUCUUGGGCCAUCUUCCCUUACCAGAAACCAAGUCCAUGAUGAUCUUGGAGCAGGUCUGUAGCAUCAGGCUUAGAACUUAGUACACAGGGCUGCAGUAAACAGGAAAGGUAAGAUUGGUUUGUACUGGGAAAUUCCAGGGAGGAAGAGACUGUAAUGAAAGUUCUGAAAUUUAACUUAUCAAUUGAGCAGAGUCUCCUUCCAGAUAAUAUGACCAUGCAUUUAAGUAUGUUUUCCCCCAAACUCCCUUCACCUGCCACCAUGUCGUACGUAUUCACAGGACAUCCCACCAUGAAGCAUCUUGCUUCCUCAUUUAUUGUUGAAAAGUUAAUAGUGUAUGGGGUAACUCUUCUCAUGCUCUAUUUUCAUUUGUGAUCAGUGGCAUUUUCAAGCAGUGACUUCUUAAUUCCAGA